UUGCGAGUUCCCGGGGCAGAGCCAGAAGCGGUCGCACGGGCCAGCGGGUGCUUGGGUCCUCUGUGACGUUCCAGGCACCUGUCCCGGCACAGCCCGGGAGCAGCGGCCCCCAGGCCACAGAGGCGGCGGCAUCGGCGGCAUGAGCGGAUACCAGCUACCAGUGGUGAUCGACAACGGCUCGGAAAUGAUCAAGGCCGGCCUGGCUGGGACCCGGGAGCCCCAGUUCGUUUACCCGAACAUUCUAGGCCGGACCAAGGGCCACAACACUGCCGUGGACUGCGCGCUGGAGCUGUGUGUGGGUGACCAAGCGCAGGAGCGCAGGAGCUUCUUGUCCAUCAGCUAUCCCGUGGACCGGGGCCUCGUUUCUUCCUGGGGGGACAUGGAGACCAUGUGGAAGCAUAUUUAUGACUACAACCUGAGCAUGAAGCCCAGUGAUGGCCCAGUCUUAGUCACAGAGCCGGCACUGAACCCACUGGCAAACCGGCAGCGCAUCUCUGAAGUGUUUUUUGAAAGCCUGGGAGUUCCUGCCUUCUACCUGUCUGUCCAGGCUGUGUUGGCCCUCUUUGCUGCUGGUUUCACCACUGGCCUGGUGCUGAGUUCAGGGGCUGGGAUUACUCAGUGUGUGCCUGUCUUUGAGGGUUACUGUCUAACUCAUGGUGUGAAACAGCUAAAUGUGGCGGGGCUUGACCUCACCAACUACCUCAUGAUGUUGCUGAAGGACGAUGGUGUCAUGCUGCUCAGAACUGGGGACAGGAAGAUCAUUACAGACAUUAAGGAGAAUAUUUGUUAUGUGGCAAUGAACUAUGAGGAGGAAAUGGCCAAGGAACCUGGCCUAGAAAAAGUGUACACACUUCCUGAUGGGAAGACACUCAGACUCCAUAACCAGGUCUUUCGUUGCCCAGAGGCUCUCUUCUCUCCAUGGCUUGUGAAUGUUGAUGCUCCUGGCGUAGAUAAGAUGUGCUUCAGCAGCAUAAUGAGAUGUGAUACAGAUCUCAGGAAUUCCUUCUUCUCCAAUAUUAUCCUUGCUGGAGGAUCGACCUCUUUUCCUGGUUUGGAUAAGCGACUCAUUAGGGAUGUGGCCAAGGUGGCACCUGCCAAUACCGCUGUGCAGGUUAUAGCUCCCCCAGAAAGGAAAAUAUCAGUGUGGAUGGGGGGCUCUAUUCUUGCAUCCUUGUCUGCCUUCCAAGACAUGUGGAUCACUGCUGCAGAAUUUGAAGAAGUUGGACCCAAUAUAGUACACCAAAGAUGCUUCUAAAAUGCAGACAAAACAAUGAGUAAAACCUGUUUUGAGUAUACACAACAAAAGACUGGAUAUUCUGAUUCUGGGAGAACAAAAAACAUUUCUGUUAUACUUACUUUUUAAAAAUGUUUUUGGUUGUUCUGGGAAUCAAACCUAGAGUCUCACACACGCUAAGCACUCUACCACCGACCUGUCUCCCCAGCCCUCUUUUAGCUUUGUAUUUUGAGAUAGGAUCUCCUGCUAAAUUGCCCAAUUUGGACUUCAAUUUGUAAUCCUUGCACUUCAGUCUCCCAGGUAGCUGGAAUUAGCGUUUUGCAACUUUGGGCCUGGCUCUCAAUAUAACAGGGAAGGAAACAAUGCAAUUGUUAGGUUUCAAACCCAGAGCAAACAGCUGAGGUGCCUAUUUAAUGUAUCAAAGUGGACUCGGGCUGCCAGGUUCUCUCUGCAUCCCUCAAUCCCUACUGAAAGAUUUACAACAAGCCCCCACGGUCAGGCGUGUCUGAAGAGUCAGGGAUGAAAGAUUUACGGACGUCAUGGAUCUUGGUCACGCGAGAUGCCCUGACCCGGAAAUGGCUAUCUGGACCUGGACCUA